GGGAAUCAAAGAAAAAAUCUAGAAUCGACAGUGUCUCAAAUUGAGAAGGAGAAAAUGUUGCUACAGCAUAGAAUUAAUGAGUACCAAAGAAAAGCUGAACAGGAAAAUGAGAAGAGGAGAAAUGUAGAAAAUGAAGUUUCUACAUUAAAGGAUCAGUUGGAAGACUUAAAGAAAGUAAGUCAGAAUUCACAACUUGCUAAUGAGAAGCUGGCACAAUUACAGAAACAGCUAGAAGAAGCCAAUGAUUUACUUAGGACAGAAUCAGACACAGCUGUAAGAUUAAGGAAGAGUCACACAGAGAUGAGCAAGUCAAUCAGUCAACUAGAGUCCCUGAACAGAGAAUUACAGGAGAGAAAUAGAAUUUUAGAGAAUUCCAAGUCACAAACAGAUAAGGACUAUUAUCAGUUGCAAGCUGCAUUAGAAGCUGAACGAAGAGAUAGAGGUCAUGAUUCUGAGAUGAUUGGAGACCUUCAAGCUCGAAUUACAUCUUUACAAGAGGAGGUGAAGCAUCUCAAACAUAAUCUUGAAAGAGUGGAAGGAGAAAGAAAAGAGGCUCAAGACAUGCUUAAUCACUCAGAAAAGGAAAAGAAUAAUUUAGAGAUAGAUUUAAACUACAAGCUUAAAUCUUUACAACAACGAUUAGAGCAAGAGGUAAAUGAACACAAAGUAACCAAAGCUCGUUUAACUGACAAACAUCAGUCAAUUGAGGAGGCAAAGUCUGUUGCAAUGUGUG